AAAUCCUGUAUAUGAGUCAAUGGUAGACUAUUUUGAUUUUCAGCCCAUCAUCUUAAGCUUACCUGGAAAGUAGGUUUUUUACCACUAAAACAAAGUUGUAGUACAAUAAACAUGAAAAUUUAAGGAAACUUCUUUUUAUUGUAGUACUACGUUGUACUACAUGCAAGCUAUGUUGAGAGGGAGUGGACUUUAUUUUGUCUUCCUCUAGCCAUGCCAAAUAUAAAUUAAUGUGUCCAGGGUCUACAACUUCUGAAUUAGCCCAUGUUAUUGUUUCCUUAAUCUCUUCACACCCGGUUUAGAAUUCUAUAUUACAUUUCAUUAUUUCAACGUUCUACUGUCAAAACAAUAAUUGAAGUGGUGGAAUCUGUGAAUCCAAUGGAUACUAGAAGCAAUGAAGAAGAAAGAGAGAUUGAGAAUCAUCACAUUGAAGAGGGUCAAGUGGCUAUGGAUGAAGAGUUGAAUAGAAUAGCACCAUGGAGGAAACAGAUAACAGUUAGAGGACUAAUAGCUAGUCUUAUAAUUGGAAUAAUUUAUAGUGUGAUUGUGAUGAAACUCAAUCUCACUACUGGAUUAGUCCCUAAUCUCAAUGUUUCUGCUGCUCUACUUGGUUUCGUGUUUAUUCGAAGUUGGACUAAGAUUCUUUCAAAAGCUAAUAUUGUAUCAGCUCCAUUCACAAGACAAGAGAAUACUAUCAUUCAAACUUGUGCAGUUGCUUGCUAUAGCAUCGCUGUUGGAGGUGGUUUUGGAUCUUAUCUAUUGGGGUUGAAUAGGAGGACUUAUGAGCAAGCAGGGAUUGAUACACCAGGGAAUACUCCUGGUAGUACCAAGGAGCCUGCAAUUGGUUGGAUGACAGCAUUUCUAUUUGUGACCAGUUUUGUUGGACUUUUAGCUUUGGUCCCCAUCAGAAAGAUAAUGAUUAUAGACUACAAAUUAACUUAUCCAAGUGGAACUGCUACUGCUGUUCUCAUUAAUGGAUUCCAUACUCCUAAAGGAGAUGUGAUGGCCAAGAAGCAGGUUCAUGGAUUCGUGAAAUUCUUCUCGGCAAGUUUUGUGUGGGCAUUCUUUCAGUGGUUCUUCACCGGUGGAGAUAAUUGUGGAUUUGUUCAAUUUCCUACUUUUGGAUUGCAAGCAUGGAAAAACUCAUUUUACUUCGAUUUCAGUAUGACUUAUGUUGGAGCAGGAAUGAUUUGUUCUCAUCUUGUUAAUUUAUCAUUACUUCUUGGUGCUGUGGUUUCUUGGGGCAUCAUGUGGCCAUUAAUCAAAGGACUAAAAGGAGAAUGGUUCCCUGCUAGUAUACCAGAAAGUAGCAUGAGGAGUCUCAAUGGUUAUAAGGUUUUUAUUUCCAUUGCCUUGAUUCUUGGUGAUGGGCUUUACAAUUUUAUCAAAGUUCUCUAUUUCACUGGCACAAAUAUCCAUGCCAACAUGAAAAAGAGGGAUCUUAAUACAUUCUCCAGUAACCAGAAACCAUUGCCUCUUGAUGAUCUCAGACGUAACGAAAUGUUUGCAAGAGAAAAUAUUCCUAUAUGGUUGGCAUGUACAGGGUACGUAUUGUUUUCCAUCGUCUCAAUUGUUGUAAUCCCGUUGAUGUUCCCUCAGGUGAAGUGGUAUUUCGUCCUGUUUGCGUAUAUUUUUGCACCCUCGCUCGGCUUCUGCAAUGCUUAUGGUGCUGGAUUAACUGAUAUGAACAUGGCCUAUAACUAUGGAAAAGUGGCUCUCUUUGUGCUUGCAGCCUUAGCUGGAAAAAGUGAUGGUGUAGUUGCUGGACUUGUAGGGUGUGGUUUGAUUAAAUCUAUUGUUUCAAUUUCAUCUGAUUUGAUGCACGAUUUGAAGACUGGCCAUCUCACUCUGACUUCACCGCGUUCGAUGCUUGUAAGCCAAGCAAUUGGUACAGCAAUAGGUUGUGUUGUUGCUCCUGUCACAUUCUUCCUUUUUUAUAAGGCUUUUGAUGUUGGAAAUCCAGAUGGUAUUUACAAGGCUCCAUAUGCUAUUAUAUAUAGAAACAUGGCAAUUUUGGGUGUGGAAGGCUUUUCUGCUCUUCCAGAUCAUUGCUUGCAAUUGUGUUGUGGAUUUUUCGCAUUUGCUAUAGUGGCUAAUUUGGUCAGAGAUCUUGGCCCACAACAAGUUGGGAAAUGGAUUCCACUUCCAAUGGCUAUGGCUGUGCCUUUUUUAGUUGGUGGCUACUUUGCCAUUGAUAUGUGUGUGGGCAGUUUAGUUGUGUUUGCAUGGCAUAUGCUGAACAAAAAGGAAGCUGGUUUGAUGGUUCCUGCAGUUGCUUCUGGUUUGAUUUGUGGAGAUGGAUUGUGGAUUCUUCCUUCAUCCAUUCUCGCUUUGUUAAAGGUUCGUCCCCCAAUAUGCAUGAGCUUCUUCCCAUCUAGGUAGAAUGUUCGGAUUUGGAUUUGGUGCAGUAACUGCGUCCCAAGGUUAUCUAUUUCAACCGUUCAAUCUCAAAUUAAUUGCCGAGAUAAUUUUAAGCUGCUUUUGUUAUUGCGCAAUCAGGAACAUCCAAUCUGAGAUCAUUCGGUAGAGAUAGAUAUCUGUGUAACUGCAUCUUUUGUUUACUGCAGCAAGUCCAAAGUUCACAUUCAGUGAUAUAAUAUUACUUAUAGUGAUUAGAGGAAUUAGAUGUAGUUAGAUUACUCUACCUAAGGUAUUUAUGGUUAUAAUGCCAUAGGAUAGCUAGGAGGCUUGCUUAUUAGUUAUUAUAUAUAUAUAUAUAUACAUAAAAUGUGCAAGCUUUGUAGUCCAGAUUAAUAUGUAAAUCCAGCUUAUAUUCCACAAGAAGAAUGUGUACAAAAAUUGUAAGCAAAAAUACUGUGACAAAUUUUGACAUAUUUGAAUAGGAUGACCAAUUUGAGCACAA